AUGCUUGUGGCGGUGCUGAUGUGGCGCUCCCAAAUCGCGCACUUCACGUUCUUAUCAGCCAUUGUCCUCUCCACGAUCAAGAACGCUGGCGACUUCUACAUGGACGUCAUCAGCAGCAAGUACGAAGAAGCUGCAAGCAACUCCAAGGUUCCAGUGAGCAAGAAGAUCCUUAGCGCCUCAGGGGCUCUUGCCGACGUCAUGCUGGGAAAGUGA